UAAUUGUGAGGAACAGAUAGCAUCUUCACCUUCCUCCUCUCCUCUCCUCAAUCCUGCGAGCAGCCACCCGGACAGAGAACGCAACAGGUCUAAUCUUGGAUAGUCUCAAACAAGCUUUUUUGACAUAGAAUUCAAAUGACUGUUGCUGAAAUUAAUUUAUUCAUCUUUAAAUUAUUAUUUUGACAAAAAGUAGAGCAACUGUAAGAAAAGAUGAUUAGAACAGCAAUGGAACACGUAAAGAAGCAUCCAGGGCUCAUCCCCCAGUUCUUCUUCAUCUUGUUGGGAAUGGGAGGAGCCUCCUUGUAUUUGGUCCGUCUUGCAAAGGGGCCCCAUGUCACCUGGAACAAGAAGAACAACCCUGAGCCCUGGAAUCAGCUUGACCCUACCUACCAGUACAAGUUUGUGGCCAUCGAUACUGACUACAAGAACCUGAAGAAGGAGGGACCUCAAUUCUGAGUAUCUUCCCUCUAUCCUAACGGCACCAAGUCCAGCCCGAAGAACGUCACUGAAGAAUUCAAAUCUGAGAAGAAUUUGUCUCUCAACACUUCUAAUGUAUUAAAAUAUUGGGAGAUUGAUCCAUAAUGUUGAUGAUCAAAUCUAUAAAUGUGUCUGUUUGUUUUAUCAUAAACACUUCAUUGUUAGUUUGACAGCCACUAAAUUUAACAAUGAAUGUGUGCAUUAUGAAAAGAGGCAAGAGAGUGCAUAGAUUUGUUCACCAAAUUACAGUGAACAAAAAUAUAAAAAUGCAACAUGCAACAAUUUCAAAAAUGUUACUGAGUUACAGAUCAUAUAAGGAAAUCAGUCAUUUGAAACAAACUAACCUGGCCUUUUGGAUUCUGGCUUGAAAUAUACUUAUUCAUGUUACCAUA